UUAAUAAUAUUGUGUGGGUAACAAUUAACAUAACAAGAGAAGAAGUUAAGAUUUGUGAUUUUGUGCAAGUUAGGUUGGUUUCAAUGGCAAACAUUCUAGGUCUUAUCAGACUUCGUAUCAAAAAAGGCACUAAUCUCAUACCUCAUGAUUCUCGUACAAGUGACCCUUAUGUUCUUGUCACCAUGGAAGAACAGACACUGAAGACUGCUGUUGUGAAUGAUAACUGCCAUCCUGAAUGGAAUGAAGAACUGACACUUUAUAUUAAAGAUGUUAACACACCAAUACAUCUGAUAGUUUGCGACAAAGACACUUUCACUGUGGACGACAAAAUGGGCGAAGCUGAUAUAGACAUAAAACCAUAUCUUCAAUGUGUGAAGAUGGGGUUGAGCGAUCUCCCAGAUGGACAUGUAGUCAAGACUGUUCAACCAGAUACGACUAAUUGCCUAGCCGAAGAGAGUAGCUGCGUAUGGAGAGAUGGAAAAGUCGUCCAAGAGAUGAGUUUAAGAUUGAGAAAUGUUGAGUCUGGUGAAGUACUCGUCGAAAUUGAGUGGAUUGAUGUUACAGAUUCCGAAGGCAAAGGCUUAUCUGAGCUUGAGUUUUAGGUGUACUUGCCUUCUCUAACUUUAUGCAUUAGUACUUUUAUUGUGUGACUGUUUUGUAUCAUCAUAAGCUGAAGUUACUAUGUAAGAUUGUCUCCUUAAUCUUAAUUUGAUACUGAUGUCAAAUUCACUGAAGAGAAGGUUCAUGAAAUA